UCGUCAAAAUUUCGAUCGACGAAGAAACAUUGUUUCUUCGAAAAGUUAAAAAAAGAUGAUUCUGUUUCUUAAUUUAUAUUUUAUAAUUAAGAUUUUUGAUAAAAAAUGAGUGAAUACGUGUCUCGAGUAAAGUUUCUAAAAUACAUUUUAAAUAUUUGUUAUGAUGUGAUAUUUUGAACUAUAUAUGAUUUAACUGUUUUCUUUAUUUUUCGUAAUAAAGAUGCUAUGUAAAAUGUAAUGUACACUGAAUUUUUUAACGCGAAAGUAUUUAAUUUAAUAUGAAUAUUUAGAAAUGUAUUAAUUUUUUGAUAUUUUCGUUUUUUUUUCUUCCUGAAAUCUAUGUUGUGUCUCGUAGCUGUAUCUCGUAUAGAGAAAUGCGUAUAAUUUUUAUUAUCUUCGCUAUGUACGUACGUGAUAUGUUGAUUCCACGUAAAAUUUAAUCGAAUAUUUAUAAAACUUAUUGGCAAACUUUUAAGCAUUUUCAGUUUUUAAUAUUUUUUUAUUGAGCAAAAUGUUAUUUCCUGCUGAGAAGAAAAAAAUUAUGAUUUGAUUGUGAUUUCUUAUCUCUGUAAGAAUUGAGAAUUGUGAUAACUGUAAUAAUUUGCUUGGUAUAAUAAUGAAAAUUUGUGAAAUGCAGAAUUUAUAUUAUACCUGUGCUGAACGUAUAAAACGUAUAAAAUAUAUAGGAUGAGUGAUAUUGUAAACUCUGUAAAGGUGAAUUUCUCGUGCUUGAACCGAACUGCUGGGUUUUAUGCUGAUACGGAUGCUAGUUGUAAAAUAUAUUAUACCUGUGAUGAAUAUGGGAAUAAAUUUACUUAUCAUUGCCCGGAAGAGACUGCUUUUCGACAAGAUGCCUUGAUAUGCGAUCAUGCUCAUCUUGUGCGUUGUGAAAAAAGUAUUUCACGCUCUGCUCUGAAACAAUAUAAUGAAAAACCCGAGGAAACCAAGGAUGAUGAUUCUUCUUAUCCAAAAGAUAAGGGUCGAUCUCUUUUUCCUUCUUUCCCUGUGACGCAAUUGAUGAAAACGAACAACGAAGUGGGAUAUAAAUUUAUCUCUAAUUCUGACCGACCACUCAAAAAUCUAGAUAAAACUACUGAAGAUAAAGCGAUUGAUUCAUUUUAUCCGUCGAAUUAUAAUAAUGUAAUCACUACUAAUUCUGAGACGAGUACUGGAACGCGUUAUACGAUUGGUGAAUAUGAUAAAAAUGGUUUAAAGAAAAAUGAAAGUUUUUCUAUUCGGAUCCAAAGUUUUUACGACGAGGAUAAACGUAAUGAGAAAUCCACGCUUAACCAAAGAAAUUAUUCGCAACAAAAAAUGAACGAUGCUGUGUACAAUCUCCUAAAAGUGUCUUCGAAUACGUUAUCUCAAAAUAUUCGAACUCGAGAGAAUAAUGUAAAGGAUUAUCAACCUGUCAAGAAUGCUGAUCAUUUUUUGAAAUUAUCUUCUAUAAAUUAUAGAAAUUAUCCAUAUUUGGAAACGUUGAAAUCUAUUCAAAGAAAUACAAAAAUUCUUCCUACUACGGCCAGUACUGCGACGGCGAAUAUCGCCUUGGCUACUACUGAAUUACCCGUGUACGCUUUAACGUUAUCUUUGAAACCUUUAAUACCGAAUGAAUUAGAAUAUGAUCCGUAUUAUCCAGGAUAUUCCACGACAACGGAAACUUAUUAUACUCCCGUGCAAAAUAUUAAAGAAUGGUCUCUGGUUGGAAAUUCUACUCGAACGAUGUGGACCAAUGUUCAUUUUCAAUUACCAUCGGUUUUACCAGACUUAAAUUCUUUGGAUGAUAUUGUUGAUCGUAGAAGGUUGCUUUAUAUUCCUCGAAUUAAGUUCAAUUGAUAUAAAUAUUUUUUUAUCGAAUAUAAAUAAAUGUAUAAAUUUUGCGAGAUUAUUUAUUUGAAUCAAUUAUAAAAUAAAUUAUAACUAUUGAACUAGCAAAAAUUA